ACAGGUCGUGUUUUAAAACCUUGUCAGCCGCCUACCUAGACAGCAUUUUGGGGACCACAAGCGCCUUUCAAACAACAUCAUUUUAUUAAUAUCAUAGAUGUACCUAGCAUUUAUAUAAAACGCUGCUGACCUGCAACGAUAACUGAACGACAUCAACGGAAGGAUGCACUAAAAUGUUGUCUAGCUAGGGAACUCGCUGUGUUUUUUCGAACACGGCCAUAUUUGGUCACUUCAUUUCUCACCAUUCAUUCCUGCGAUCAGCGUCCUGCAGUGCGCGUCUGGCUCUCUUCUCAUCCUCUCCGCCUGAUUUUUCACUCGUCUUGGAGGAUGCUGUGCGGAAUCAAACAAUCAUUCGUCUUCUGCAUCAGUCGUGCAGCGUUUCAUCACGGAUGCUGAAGAUCAGGUUUAAUGUCAAGACAUUUCUAAAUCUGUUGCUAUUUACCCACUUUGACAUGUUGAAGACAACUCCUGAUGUCAUCUUCUCAAAAUCAGUAUCUCAUAUAACAGUGUGAAAGAUGCCAGUACUUACUUUAGAUUUGAGUUUGAAAGCGACGAGAGCUCCAGACCUCAAGGGAGGUCAACAAGGAUCUACAUGAAAGCCUGAGAACACAUAAACCUUCAGGAAACAUGAGUGUGAAUGAUGAACACACCAGACCCUUCGGGACCAGCAUUGAAGAUGGCUGUGAGGAAAUCAGGAACAACAACAGACAUACUGAAGAUUCCCUAAAUGGUGAUGCCAAUGCUAAUGAAAUCCAAAGAGGAGAUGAAGGAACAACUUUGGAGGCAACUGAAGCCCUGUCCUCUGUGGUAUCUAAGACUGAGGAACAUGUGAAGAUGAUUAUCCAGGGCACAGAUUCCCCAUGUGAUGACCCAGAGUUAGCUGAGUUUGAGAUGCUGGAAAGUCAGGAACUAGAGGAUGACAACGAACGUAGUAUUCCUAAAGGAGAUGUCAAGGGUGCUCUAUCCACCAAUAUGAUGCAGACUGAAGCAGUGUCUCCAAAGGUAGAAGGUAAAAGGUUCUCCCAGUUCGUUUCAAAGGAGCAGGAGUCUACUGUUUGUCCUCAGUCCACUGGGAAAGAAAUGGUGACCAGCAUAGCAAGGACUGAGUUUAGCUCUGAAAAUGAUGUUUUUGUCUCUUGCCUCUCCACAAUGUCUAGUCUUGGAGGAAGUCUUGCUAGUGCCCUGGACAAUGCAGGUCGAACCCAAAGCGCUGAUUCGUGGCAUGCUCCAUCAGGGCCAUACCGAACCCUCUCUGAGGAUCUUACCCUUGCCUCACAAUCCUGUUUUACUAUUUCAGAUAAAAGCCGGAGCUCUGUACAUACUGAUGGCAUGCAUCAUCAAGCAGGAAAAAGUACAAUGCACAUCGACAGUGUUGAUCACAAUCUGAACUCUACCACAUUGCCUGAGGAACCCCUUUUAGAAGCACAACAAAACCAACCAGCUAAAGACUUUGUAAUAAAUGAGAGCUCAGGUCAACUGACAAAUGACAUGAGUGAUUGUAGCAUUGCAAGGAUCAAGAAGGUCCCUAAUGAAUCAGGAAGCACCAGUCAGGAAAAUCUAGGAGUUCAUGUAAAGGAGUACCAUGAAACAGAAGACAAGGCUCCAAGUUUAAAAACAAUAUCAACUGAGAAGAAACCUUGCCAAGCUCUUGUCUCAGAAAACACACAGUCUGCUUCACAGAACAGAAGGUUCUCUCAUGAUUCCGCUACUGAUAUAAAUAAUAAGCUCAAAUCCCAGGAUGAGAAAUCUCAUAAAAUUGCUCUUAAAACCUCAAAACUAACCUCAAAGGAUACACAUGUGCACUCUGGUGGUUCUGAACCCCAACCGUAUAAGAAGCAAGCUUCUUUUGAAAAGACCCGAAGUUCUAGUGCAUCAAGUUUGGAAAGGCGAAGACCUUGGGGCAGUCCAUCUCGCCCUGAGACCCCUCCAUCCCCGAAGACCACCUGUUCACCUCGGAAACAGCCACCUUCAUCACCAGCCAAACCUACUAGCACAAGAGAAGCAAGUCAGGAACAAAGUGAAACCUUUCAGAGGGGAACAACUAGUUUGAGGCAACCAAGUAAAAGUUUUCUCAGUAGUAGUAGCAGUCUCCCAAAACCUGCUGUUCCUCAACAACCCACUAGAGCUGAGUUUGAAUCUAAGAAGUCUUCUCCACCUCAGAAGCCCAAAAAUGUUCGACCAAAAAUCAUAACAUAUGUCCGCAAAAGCCCUCAAGCGAAACCAAUGUCUGAAGGUCCCUAUGAAGUAUCGACAUUACCGCCAAGACUUACACCGUACAGUGGCUCACCAACCUCAAAAGAUUUUAAGGCCGAGGGCUCCAGAGGUUCACCUGUGCUGAGCUCCUCUAAUAUCAUUUAUGACAAGUAUCGUCAGGAAGUACAAAGGUCAGGGUACUACUCCCCUCCAGGACUGAUGGCGUCUGGGAUCAGGCCACCCAGCCACACUGUCCCCCAUAAACUGCUGGGCAAAUCAGAGAGUUUCCACGGGGAACUGCCAGAUCAAUAUUUACAGGGUGGAAGAGCGAUUCAGCUAAAUACCCAUGAUGCUACUGCAGCCGUUUUCCGAUUUCCGAGAGCCUUAAGGCCUCAGCUUGGCCUUGGAGCUGUCACCAGACAGCCUGCUACUAAGAACAGGAUGGUAUUACCAGGUCAAAGGUCAGCAUCACCCCUCAGUUAUAUGGCUCCAGCUGUUCAGGCCCCAAGUAGUCACCAGGAACCUGCAGUGGAUCAGAAGAGACUAACAUUGGGUGUGGCCCCCAAAUUUAUGCUCCCCAAACCGGGUCAGUCUGGACUGCGUCCUCCCGGCUUCUCCCAUCUGCCUCCUGCUCGACUGGCCACCCUUGGCUUUGUCCGCAGUGCUAGCGUGUCUUCUGUGUCCAGCAACCAAUCGAAUGACAGCAUACACAGUGACCCCUGCCGAUCCAGCCGUCCACACAGCAGCAGUGAUGAAACGCUCCUCUCGCGCGCUCCUCUUCCUCCUGCUGAGAGCAGCAGUGGCAGGAGUCAGAUCCGCAGCAGCCCCCCGCCCCCAGCCCGCCGAUCUCUGCACGCGCCCCCCCGGGCCUCACCCGUGGUCUCUAGAAAGGAAUUUCAAAGAGAUGGAGAAAUCACCCGACCCAUUGUGUCAUCCCCGAAGAGGUUUGCAGUGGUCUCUCCCAAGCCUCAGUCCCCUGUCCGUCAGAAGUCAUGUGUGGCCCGUCUGGGUGGGCGUGCAGAGGGCGUGGAUGCCGAGCGCGAGCGGUUGAUGGUACAGAGACUGAGAGAGAGAUGUGAAGAUCAGGCUCGGCAACUGAUCGCCCUGCAGGACGAGCUCAGGAAGUCUUCACGAUGCUUGGAUGUGUUCACCGUAACCACACUACACUUCUGCCAGAAGAGUGAGAAUGCUGCCCUGAAGGAGAGGGAGUUGUCCCUGCAGUUAGCCAGGAUCAGGGAUGAAGUGGUGGACAGCGUUCAGCAGUGGGAGCGUCUGCAGGGUGAGAAGGCCCUGCUGGAGCAGAGUUUUGAGCGGGAGCUGAAAGGACUACAAGAGGAGCAACAGCAGGAGCUCAAGGCCCUACAGGAGAGACUGGUUGAGGAGCACACCUCUGAGAUACAGAGACUCCAACAUCAGCAGAACAGCCAUUUGGAGCAGCUGCGCUCCCAGCACCAGGAACAGAUUGAGGAAAUGAGUGAAAAACAUGAGAGGGCAAUGAUUGAGAUGGAAGCGACUCAUGGUGCCACAUUGGCCACUUUACAGGAAGAACACACCAGAACCAUCAAGAACCUGAAGAUGGCACAUGAGCAGCAAAAGAAGUCAAUGGAAGAGGAAUUUGAGAAGCUCAGACUCUCACUGCAGGAUCAGGUGGACACCUUGACAUUUCAGAACCGCGCUCUACGAGACCGGGCCAAGCGAUUUGAAGAAGCACUGCGCAGAAGCACAGAUGAGCAGAUAGUGGAUGCCCUUGCUCCUUAUCAGCAUAUUGAGGAAGACCUAAAGAGUCUUAAAGAAGUUCUGGAGAUGAAGAACCAGCAGAUUCAUCAACAGGAGCUCAAAAUUUCAGAGCUGGAAAAAAUGGCUCAAAAGAAUGUUCUGUUGGAGGAGCGUAUUCAGGUGUUACAGCAGCAAAAUGAAGACCUAAAAGACAGGAUUGACCGCAACCUUGCUAUGUCCAGGCAACUUUCAGAGGAAAAUGCCAACCUGCAGGUGUAUGUCGAGAAAGAGAGCACUGAGAAGAAACGACUGAGUCGCACCAAUGAAGAGCUUCUGUGGCGUCUUCAAACAGGCGAGUUGAGCCCACGAAUGUCUCCCACCCAGUCGCCCCUUCAUCGACCAGCUUCUAGUCCCUCUUCACCCUCCCGGCAACAGCCCUUCCCUAGAUGAAUGUCCAAUUCUUGCCUUUCUUAGUCUCUCGCACUCUUUUUUUCUGUAACUCAUGUUUCUCAUUUUGGAUUCUGGUUGGAUGGAACAGAGGAGGCUCUCACACUUCUCACACCAUAAAUGGUGGUCAUAGCGCUUUCAGUUUCAUCAUGCCAGUGUCAAUGUUAUUAAAUUAGUACAGUGAUCAGGGUUUGAGUUUACUUUUUUUUGAACGACUGAACAAAAUAGUUUAACGUGUGUAUAUGUAAAUGGAUAGUCCACCCCCCAAAAAUGUAUAUAUUGUCAUAAUGUACUUGUUCUGAACCUAUAUGACUGACUUACUAAUGUGGAGCAUAAAUUAAGAAAUUUGUAAAAAAAAAGAUUGUUCUUCUUCACACAAUUUUAAUAAUUAGGCUCUGAAGCUUUAAAAAGGUGCAGGAGAGUAAAAUUUAAGUUCACUGAUUUACUCCGACUACAGUUUAACCAGAGCCAGAGUUGAUCUCGAGAACCAAACAGGACUGACUCAUGAAGAAUCGAUAGGGGGUGCAUUUUUCAAAAGCAUUUCAAGCUAAAGUUGAAAGUUCCAUUGUUACUAACACUUUUUUUGUUGUUACCAGUUAAACGUUCAAUAUUUUCAUGAAAAUACAGUUCCAAAAAAUAUUAUCAAACAGCUUCACAAAGUUGUUUGGUGGGAACUACUGGCUUUAACCUGUGAUUAGAAGUGAAUUGUUAGUAUGAUGUGACAUUCACAUGAACAUUGAAUUCUACAUCUUUUAGUUUUUGUUAAGUUGAUGUAAAAAUGAAUCAAAAAAGCGAAGUUUUCUUCAGUUCACAUGUUCCUUAUAUAAAGCAAUAAUCAUACUUAAUUAGCAGAAAUUAUUACUGCACCACCUGCAUGAUGUCACUAAUGACAAAGUUAGAGUACAAUGGUUUCAGAUAACAUUCAUGACUAGCUAGUUAAUUUCACUAGUGAUGAACCAUACUGUGGUAGUUAGCCAGCUUAUUACUUUGGGAAAUGCACCCCAGACCGCUCUAUUAAUUAAAUUGAUAGUUUAAUAAAAUAAAAUAAAAACUAAUUCAUUCAUUGUUAACGACCAAUAGGAUUUUCAAAGUCAGUUGAUUAACAGACUUGCAAUGUAGCACACAGUUGUAUAGAUCACAUUUCCUACACUUUUAUUGUGGUUUGAAAGCUUGAAAGCAUCAGUCCCAUAAUUACAUGGAAAAUAAAAAAAAACAGCACAUUCUUCAAAAGUUCUCCUAUUGCGUUCCACCAAAUAGUCAAUCAUACAAGUUUGGAACAACAUGACAUUGAGAAAAUUUGAGAAAUUUGAGCUUUUAAUUGUUAAAUAAACAUACACUAGAGAGAACAAAAAGGAGAACAUUAUUCUCCAUUUUUACUGUAAAACUAUAUCAUGUGAGUCACAGUGUUGUGCAUUAUGAUGUUUCACAGGCCAUUUUGGAAAUAUAUCCUUUUUUUGUACCUUCUACUCUAAUGGAUUUUUGGCUUGCGCUGAGGUUUUCCAUUCGAACAGGACAUCAUGGUGCUUUUUCCCCAACCUUUGCCUGUUGUAUCAAGAUUUUCCAAAGACUGAUCAGGAUAACACAUACACAAUUUUACUAAGAAUUUACCUUU